UUACCCGGUUACGAACGAAAACAUGCCAAACUUACUCUGUGGUAUGUCCGUACUCUACGUACUCUACAUACCCACCAGCACCGAGUGAGCCUUGCGUUGGUUCCGAGCAGAGGGAAAAGUGGCGACGACGUCGGCGACAUAAGCCAGCCAGCCAGGCCAGCCAGGCACGCAUGCACGGUGCCGAGUUCCCACGUCGUCGCCCCCCCCUCCCCCAGCCAUCUCACCCACCACCACUAAUCUACUCUACCACCACCACCACCACCACCACCCACACCCAAUCCGGACUCCAUCCCAUCCUUCCCCGCCGUCAAUUCCGCGCGGGCCGGGUUGGCAGACACCCAGCAACUCCGACGUUCCGUCCACCGCCCACCACCACCCACCGCCGUCGCCGCCGCCUGCGAGCCCGAUUUGGUCGAAGCUCUCUUCCCCUCUUCCCCUCUGCCCCCCAGGCCAGACAGCUGCCGGAUUACCCUCGCGACAAACACUUCGAUAACUCUCUCUCUCUCAUUUCACUGCCGAGAGUGCCGAGCGAGGGAUUUUCCCCCUCCCAUCUUAUUCCUUUGGGAUUGGAUAAUUCCGCCCUAUCCCACGAUCGGAUUUUUUCUCUUCUCUUUUCUUUCUUGCUCUCUCUUGCCCUCUCUCUCUCUUUCUCUCUCUCGCUCUCGCACAGGACUACGAACGAUAGCCAGAAGAAGGCGACUACCUAGAGUGCCCUAUACUCAUUCGCGCCACUACUCUAGUUGGGACGGUGGAGUACGGACCAGGCGGCGCACAAACUACCAUACCACUACCGUUACUACCACUACAACAACCACCGCCACCGCCGCCACUACCAACAUCAUCGUCAGCAAGCCUAUCAUGUCACACAAUUGUCAUUUGUCCGUCCAAUGCGAAGCUUCGGCAUCACAGGAGAUAUGUGCUCUACUCGCAUACACGUCGACAGCUUAGCUUCGAUUCGAG